GGGCGUAGACUCGUCGUCGACGGCGUCCUGGAGCAGCGCAUCGACUCGUCGUCGACGUGAAGGAGGGUCGUCGUGCAGGGUGUGCGGGGCGUGCUGGGUCGCCGGUGGAACGUGUGACCCCACCAAUAGAUUGCUCCCAGAAGGGGACAUCUGUUGAUGGGGUCUCACGCUCAGUUCAAAACCCAUUUAGCGCGUCCCUGCGGAGCUCAAGACACGUCAAGAAUUUUGGCCCCCUCCACCAGACUUCUGACCCCACUGUACGACGGCUGCUGCCGGCUACCUGACCACACUGACGCGGUGCGAGUCGAUGAGUAUUAAACAGUCGGGCCCCGGAUUCUUGAGACCGUUGCGUGUGACACGCUGCUCCACCUUGUGGAAGGAGUCUGCCAGCAGCCGCCCGCGCGCUCCCCCCGGCCGCGGCCCUGUACAGGGAGUAAUUGUACCUGGUCCGGGGUCCUGACACUACCUUCGGCUCGACCCGGGCGACUCUUCAGGGCCGUGCUCCGGGUCUUCCCAUCAUCACGUGACGUCCGCGCUGCCUGGCCCAGCGUCCAGCGCGACAGAGCCUGCAGGCACUGGCUUGCAAUUCUUCUUCGGUUGUAUCAACCCAUUUCUUCCCGGGCUCCUCGCCGUCUUCAACGCCUGCCGACUGUUCAAACUCCUUCGUAACUCAUCACUGUUACGCAGGCGAUUCAACAACGCUGCAGAUUCUGAUCACCGCACGGUCCCCUGCCACUAACCAAUUGCUUACGUGUUCUGCAUGCUGUCCAUCUUCAAGGAACACAAGCCGGCCGCAUUGAAAAUUUUUUAGCCGAUCUCCAAAUUCACGUUGUCAUGGCCCGUCCGGAAGAAACGUCUUUCAGAUGCACAGUCUGCAAUUCGUAUUUCAGCCGCAGGAGUAGUCUCUUGGCCCACCUCGAAACGCACAUUGAAGAGAUGCAAUCGGAGUGCACGGUUUGCGACCGGACGUCCAAUUCAGGAAGUGCUCUCGCUACCGACUUCGGUACCCAUUCAGCUAUAGCUUCCGUUUGCUCAGUUUUUAACAAAGAGAUCGGUAACGAACAGAAUCUCAAGGCGCAUCUUAAAACAUGCCACAGGAGCAAGCUACUCCACAGCAAGGAUUGUAAAAUGGCGUUCAGUACAGGACGUGGACUUGCAAGCCAUCAUAAGUCCCGUCCUGCGGAUAAGCUUUCCGAGUGUACUGUUUGCAACAAAGAGUUCCGCAAACGUUAUCUGACCACUCAUCUUCGAACCCACACAGGUGAGAAGCCAUACGAGUGCUCAUUUUGUGGUAAGGCAUUUUCACACGAUCACAGUCUGAGGAUUCAUGUUGCAACCCAUAAAGAGGAAAAGCCGUUUGAGUGCACGAUUUGCAAUAAGAAGUUACGUUCCAGUUUCGCUCUCAGACUUCAUUUAAGGACCCACACUGGAGUAAGGCCUUUCGAGUGCACAGUCUGCAAGAGGAGCUUUAGACAACGUCCUCAUCUUGUAGCUCACCUCAGAACUCAUACAGGGGAGAGGCCAUACGGGUGCACCUUUUGCAACAAGAAGUUCAGUGACAAACGGAAUGUCGAAGUUCAUGAAAGAAUUCACACGGGUGAAAAGCCCUACGAGUGCUCAGUUUGCUACAAGAAAUUUAAUCAGCAUCCUCAUCUCACCGCGCACCUUAGGUGCCAUAAAGGAGAGAGGCCCUUCGAAUGUUUGGUUUGCCACAAGAAGUUUCGUCAGGUGAGUGAAUUUAAAAUUCACGUUAGGAUACAUACUGGCGAGAAACCUUUCGAGUGCACAAUCUGCAACAUGAAAUUUACUCACGGUAGCGCUCUCAAAGUCCACCUUCGAAAGCACUCACAAGAGGGCCACUUUAAGUGCGCUGUUUGCAACGUAAAAUUUAGACUCAAAAUCGGUCUGAAACGCCAUCUUCGAGCUCACAAGUGAAAGAAGACUCUGGAGUGCAUCGUUUGCAGUAUAAUGUUUUCUGGUGAAGUCAGUCUCAGAAGUCAUCGGAAGAACGGAUAGGAUGUAUCAUUUAAAAACUUGACCUAAAAGAAACGGACGUUUGUUGUGGUUGCUUCAAAUAUCGGUUCAAUUUUAGGCAUAGUCAGACCCUUCUUUAACUAAAUUGAAUCAUUUCAGGACUAAGUUUUGUGCAGAGUAACUAAUCGGAGUAAUCCCUUCGGGGAGUCUUCCUAGGCUUGGAUACUGUUGAACUAACAUUAUGUUUCCUAGAUUACAUGUAAACCAAAAGCAUCGCUUUAGACAUUGUUUUUUGAGUAAUUUCUUUUUAUUAGCCUUUUGCGUUUGAAACAAUCUGAACUUUUUUGUAGUAUCGUUAUAAGUGCAAUCUUAGACAUUUUAUAAGCCACUUCUGUAAUUCCAAUAAAUCAUUUCAAGACAAGAUUUACUAACAAAUCGUUAGUUUGGCUAUAUUGAUAUUGGUUUGUACGAUUAAGGGGAAGAGAGUUAUGUAUAUUUAGACAUUUUUAUGUAUUAAAAUCGAAGUAUUGAGAGCCAUUGGCUUUUUCAGAGUAUCGCCCUCUUUUCUUUAUACAUCCUUUGAUUAGCAAUAAAGUACUAAACUACUGGAA